CUCAGCAGGCAGUGUCCAGAAGGCUGCCACGCAGAGCCGAGCCACUGAGCAGGGCGUGCACCCUCGGAGCCCCACGAGUGAGCAAGCGAGCGAUGGGCCUGGCCACGGAGCACGGAGGGCCCUACUUGCAGGCAGGCAGCCGCUCCCGGGGCUGCUGGUAUUACCUGCGCUACUUCUUCCUUUUCGUCUCGCUCAUCCAGUUCCUCAUCAUCCUGGGCCUCGUCCUCUUCAUGGUCUACGGCAAUGUACACGAGAGCACCGAGUCCAACCUGCAGGCCUCCAAGUUUCGCGUGCAGACUCUGCAUGCCCAGGUGGUAGAGCUCACAGCCACCAAGGCCAACUUUUCCAAGAUGCUCAACAUCACCACCAAACAGAAGGAAACCUUGUCGCAGCUGAAUAGCAGCACCCGCCGAGACCUCGACAGAAUCAAUGCCAGCUUCCGCCAGUGCCAGACUGAACUGGUGAUGUACGUCAACAGCCAGCCAUACAUAGCUGCCAUCAUCUUAAACGAGGUGAAAUGCCAGGAGCAACUGAAGGAGAAUAACAAGACUUGUGAUGCCUUGGUCUUCACAAUGAACCAGAAGAUCAAGAGUGUAGAAGUGGAGAUGGCAAAGGAGAAGGUGAUGUGCACCAAGGAAAAGGAGGGCCUGGCACUGGGCAAGCGAGUGGCAGAGGAGCAGCUGGCUGAGUGUGUCAAGAUCCGGGAGCAGCUGCGGCAAGAGCGACAGCUGGCAGAGGAUCGGCUACAAAAGGUGCAGACCCUCUGCGUCCCCCUGGACAAGGACAAGUUUGAGACGGACUUGCGUAACCUCUGGAAGGACUCCAUCAUUCCGCGCACCCUCGACACCAUAGGCUACAGCAUUUACAACCCAGAAGUGAAUACCAUCCGGAGGAUGUGUGAUCUCAUGCCCACCCACAUGAGCACCAAGGUGGAGGAGCUGGCGCGGAGCCUGCGGUCUGGCAUCGAACGCGUGGCUCGUGAGAACUCAGACCUCCAGCGCCAGAAGCUAGAGGUUGAGCAGAACCUGCAGGCCAGCCAGGAGGCCAAGCAGAAGGUGGAGAAGGAGGCCCAGGCCCGGGAGGCCAAGCUUCACGCGGAAUGUGCCCGGCAGACCCAGCUCGCUCUGGAGGAAAAGGCCACACUGCGAAAGGAGCGUGACAACUUGGCCAAGGAACUGGAAGAGAAGAAGAAGGAAGUUGAGCAGCUCAAGAUACAACUGUCUAUGAGCAACGCAGCCGUGGAGACCUGCAUCAAGGCCAAGUCUCAGCUGGUCCCCAUGUCCAGGCCUGUGGGCCCAGCCCCCAACCCCCCACCCAUUGACCCUGCUCACCUAGAGGAAUUCAAGAAGAGGAUCCUGGAAUCCCAAAGGAUCCCUGCACGCAAUGCCAUAUCCCCAUCCAGUGGCUAAGGGGGCCCUGGACCCCAAGGACUGAGGGGUGCCCCGGGCCGGCUGGUGAGCAGAAACGGCACAGCGAGGCACCCGUGGCAUAGGAUGCAGUGAGGACUGAAGCUCACGACCUCCGCACACACAGCAAGUUGGGUGCCCUCAGCCUGUGCCCACGCCGUCCCCGCCCAGCCACACCCCACAGUACUCUCCCAGGCUCACGCCACACCACACAGCCCCGUUCCCACAGAUGCGUAGAUGGACACAAGGAUGCCUAGGCGCCGUGUGCGAACCGCUCACACGGCCCAGACUCAAGCGAGCGACAGCCGUCACGUGCCCUCUGUCUGCCCAGCCCUGGCCCCAUGUCGCAGCUCUCCAGGCACAGGAGUCCAGCUUCCACCCUCUACACAGCCCCUGAUCCCACCACCCCGCCUCCAAUUUCUUAUUCCCUUUCCUCACCUGUCACCCCCAGAGCACUGGGCCUGGAAGUAGAAAGGGAAGACAUUUACCUUUUCCCUGACACCAAAUAAACGCCAGAAAAUCCUUCAAA